AUGUCAUUUAAUCCAAAAGGCCUAACAUAUGAUUCCUCAGCCUCAACAAAGCUCGUCCACUGGAACGAAUCCGUGGACUUAUGCCAAUGGGAAGGCCUAAAAUGCAAUUCCAAUAGUCGCGUUUCAGGUCUUGAUCUAAGUGGUGAAUCAAUCUCCGCUGGGAUCGACGACACCAACACCCUGUUCAAGCUCACACAUCUGCAGAGCUUGAGCUUGGGCUCGACACAAAACGGCUUUGAUUCUGUAGAGUUGUCAUCUCAGUUCGGACGCCUCAUCAAGCUAAGGUAUCUGAACCUCAGCAACUCUGGCUUCUCAAGCCAGAUUCCUCUGAGUUCAUCAAACUUGACGAGGUUAGUUGUGCUUGAUCUCUCCAACAAAUACUACUCAUCUCUUACUCUUGAGAAUCCCGAUCUUGGAAGACUGGUUCGAAACCUUACGAGCCUGAGAGAGCUUUAUCUUGACAUAGUGAAGAUUUCUGCAGAUGGGAAUGACUGGAGCAGUACUCUAUCAUCACAUCUCCCAAAUUUGAGAGUUCUGAGCUUGUCUGAUGCACAUCUCCCAGGCCCUCCUGGCUCUUCCUUGCUAAAACUGCAAUCGCUUUCAGUUAUUCGUCUUGAUGGAAACGCCUUCUCUUCUCCUUUUUCCUCAUUUUUCGCGGAUUUCUCUAAUCUGAAAGUAUUCUCCAUAAGCUAUCUGAAUCUUAAUGUGUUGAAUCUUGGUAGCAACAGAUUAAGAGGAGAAAUUGGUCAUGAAUCUCUCUGGAAAGGCCUUGACAAUCUAGAGUUUCUUGAUUUCAGUGAGAAUUUAUUACAAGGUGAAUUGCCACUAUCCUUGUUGGCUUUGCCACAGCUCAAAACACUACUUCUCUUCAACAAUACCUUUUCUGGUUCAACCAAAGUCUCAACAAACACUUCAUCUCCCCUAGAAUAUGCUGACUUAAGCAACAAUGCUCUAGAAGGUUCCAUACCUCAGAUCUUCUUCCAGAUGCAGAAUCUUUAUAGCCUCUCCCUUUCUUCAAACAAACUCAGUGGCUCGCUACGCCUCUCGGAUUUCAGCAAGCUGACAAAUCUUGCGAGCUUAGAUCUUCCCCACAACAAACUGUCCAUACAUGUUGAAGAAAGAGUGCAACUGUCUAAAUUGUUUCCGCUGUUAGAAACUCUGAUGCUAGCAUCUUGCAACCUCUACAAGAUCCUGAAUCUGCAAAACCACCAUAUGCUUGACACGCUCUUUAUCGUCACACUUAUUUUGAAUCAAGCCCUUUGA